CUGCCGAAGCCGAGUGGGGAGUUUGGCCGGCCGACACCAUCGCCAACAUCGCCGAUUUCGCCGAAUGCGAGACGAGAGUUCGCUGUGGCGACACGCCGGUUAAUCGCGACUCCAUCGCGUUCGGCCCAGCCAGCAAGUGUGUUUUUAAGCGGGCCUUCGCCCCCGCCUCCGCCGCUGCCGUUUGCCCAAACGAAUGCUGUCUUCUCGGGGCUACACAGUGCCGAUUGGUGAGUUGCAAAUGGGUUUUGGGUGGGGAUUUUUGGGUGUGAAAAACUAGGGGACGAAUUGAACUUUUGACCUACCAAAUGUAUAUAGUUUGAACCCGAAAAUAGUGUGUGUAAAACGGGAGAUUCAGACAGUAGAUGACAAAAUUCUACUGAAAAUCUAGAAAAUUCCGAUCUUGGUCCAAAAUUUAAAAAUCUCUGGUUACUCUUAGGUUUGCCACGUCAUAACUCAAGAAUUUUUUGUAUUUGUAAAUUGCCACGUGGUUUCAGAUCUUCUAAAAUCUAAAAAAAUUUUGAAACCUAGCAAACGUUGCCACGUCAAACUCAAAAGGUACCUUUUUAAAAAAUGAAUUCUGAUUUUCAAGUUUUCAAAAUUUGUGCCACGUGGAUUCUUUCCCUUAAUUUUCAGCUUCAUAAAAUUUUAACAAAGUUGUUUAUAACUGUGAAAUUCCACGUGGAAUCUCGAAGCCAGAAAAAAUUUAAAAAAAAAAUGUUUCGGGAAAAUUUUAUUGGGAACUGUAGCAAUUUCCAUGCCACGUGGAUUUUUCUGAAAUUUCAGCUUCAUAAAAUUUUAACAGAAAUCCAAACUUCUGAAAAUUUUGAAUUUCACCUGCAACUUCCACGUGGAUUCUCAAAAAUUCAAGUUUCAUAAAUAUCUGAUUUGACUCUCUGACCCAAACUUUAAAUGUCACGUGGAAUUUAGGAAAUUUAAAAAAAAGUUGGAAUUUCAUCUGCAAUUCCCACAAAACCACGUGAAUUUUUCUCAAUUUUCAGCUUCAUAAAAUUUUGCACAGACAUCUGAUUUGAAUCUCUGAAAAUUCAAGACAGAUCUAGGUUCAAAAUGUGUUAGUCUAGUUUUGCCACGUCAUAACUCAGAAAAUCUCUGAAAAUUUCAAAACAGAUCUAGCUAGAUUCAGAAUUCUCCAAGUUCUACAGAACUCUAAAUAAUCAAAACUCAAUUUUCCCCCCAUUCCCAAAAAAAAAUUCGGAGAUCAAAAAAUGAAACAUCGCAUUUGCGUACACCAAAAAGUGAUCACAACUGACAAUUAUAUUUCAUCAUUCGAUUUUUUUUGUCUGUUUUUGCAUUCGAUUCUCAAAGAUGAAAACGAAAAUAACUAAUAUUUAUCAUGGGUGGUCAAAUUCUGUGUUUUCUGGACACUGACAAUGAGUUACGGUAAUUGGGGAUUAGGCUAACUUGAUAGUGAAAAAUAUAAGCCUAGAUUUAGCCUAAGUUCUACUCUAUAAAAAUCUUUUCUUUCCAGUGUACCACCACCAUUACAACCACUCGAAUUACCUCAAUGCGUUCCUCAAUUUCCAUCGGGUCACAAUUCUCGGUCGACGGGUCACAACGCCUACACCCGACGCCGCAUGAUCGCCCCGUUGUUGAUCACUUCGUCCACGUCGUGCAAUAACUUGCCUCCACAAGAUUUAUCCCCACCAUCUUCCCAUUUAUCCAGUAUAUUCAACAGUAGCAUUAGCAGCAACAGCACAUUAAGUUCCCCGAUUUCAUUUCCAAGUGUUUGUAACAAUCAAAUCCCAUUCAUUGAUGAUCUGAUCAGUCAAGUUCGCGAUGAAUUGCAUCAAGAAUCGAAGAUCAAUCCGGCCACCGUCAAAGUCGUCGAGAAGUCUUCUGUAGAAGUCGUCGUCGAAGAAAUCCACGUCAGUCUCAACAAACCCACCACAUUCGCAUUAAAAAAUGGCCAAAAAUAUCGAAUGAUGUGCGAGCCGAUUCUCAUGAACACCGAACCAAGCGUCGCCCAACAACCGGGUCUCAAAAGAAAAUUGAGCGGGGAGAGUGUUAGAUCGUCUUGCUCGACGAGUUCUAGCACCUCUUCUGGCUCGGAUUCUGAAGAGCCCGAGGUUUUGGGGGCUCGCGCGAAAAGGAGACGGGCUCAGCCGGUUUCCUUGGUUCAUAUGUCUAAUGAGGAGGUGAGUGGGAAGGUUUUGAAUUCUGAUUUUUAACAGGAAUUUUUUGUCUGAAAAAUUCUAAGACUCUAAAUCUUAGAUUUUUGAAACCCGAAAUUUUUACGUUUCAAAAAAUUGGGAAAUAAUUUUGUCUGAAAAAUUGUGAGAUUUCACUCUUUCAUUCUCGACUCAAAAUAAAUAAAUAAUUUUUCCACCUGAAAUUUUUACGUUUCAAAAAUUUGUGAAAUAAUUUUGUCUGAAAAAUUCGGAGAUCUCACUCUUUCAUUCUUAACUCGAAAUAAAUAAAUAAAUUUCCCCCCCCCCCAAAAUUUUUACGUUUCAAAAAUUUGUGAAAUGAUUUUGUCUGAAAAAUUCUGAAAUUUUAUUUUUCCGAAAAAUGAGCAAUAAUUCCUGUUAGGGCUCAAUUCAGGCCUUUUUUGAAUUUUGAAAGCUCAGAACUUGGCUCAACUUCCGGUUUUCUAGGGUGUUUUUAGCCCCAAAAUCUGUCUCUGGACAAAUUUUUAUCAAGAUUUGAAGUAUUGAGUAAAAAAGGUUCCCUUGUCAGGAAAUUUUAGCAUUGCUCAGGUUAUAUAUUCCGGAGCAUUGCUCACGUUAUAUUGAAACUUCGGAUUUAUUGAGCAUUGCUCAGGUUAUAGGUUAUAGCAAAAUUUCGCAUUUUUCAAGCAUUGCUCAGGUUAUUGAAAACAUUUUUGAAUGUUUUGAGCAUUGCUCAGGUUAUAGGGAAAACUUCAAAAUAAAAAAAAACAUUUUUUUUCUUUUUGAAAAAUCCAAUUUUCCAGAUCGCACUUCGCAAAAAAGAGCAAAAUCGCGAGGCGGCCAUUCGAUAUCGUCAAAAAAUGCGCGAAACAAAAUCGAGUGAAAAUGUGGAAAAAGAGAAAUUAUCGACGAGAAACGCGUAUCUUCGCGAAGAAGCGACUCGACUCGAAAAAGAAAUCAAUGAUUUGCGAACAAUUAUUCACUCGUUCUGUAGUUAG